GGGAUGCGUUUCCGUAAGGUACGACACGCCUGCCAUAUAAGGGCAUAUGCUUUCGGUUUCUGUUAAACAGUCAGUGUGCCACAUAAACAAGAGUUCUACUCUACACAGACAGACCGGGUGAGUGUCCUGAACAGUGUACUAGCCUACACAGACCGUGUGUGUCUUCAUUGAGAUCAAUUUAGAAACCAUGUUUCUGCUGGUCGUUUCCAUAUCGGAUCCGUUUGUUUAGAGCCUGAAACUCCAGCGGACGGAGGCUUCAGGUUGCGUGCAAGCACACUCAUCAGAGAUGGAGUUCCGGAAGAAGCUACUAACGGUGGGAAUGGCCCUGAGCAAAGAUGAGACAGAAGCUUUAGCCUUUCUCUGCACGGAUAUCCUGAAUCGGACGGUCGAUCCAAGCUCAGUGGGGUCCGCCGUGGAAUUCUUCGAUCGUCUGGAGGCCCACGGCGUCCUCUCCGAGGACCAUCCCUUCCUACUCGCCGAUCUACUCUACGUCAUCGGACGAUAUCGUUUACUGCGUGAGUUUGAUCUCAAUAGUAAGAGGUCUACAACACGAAGCCUCAUCCCCUCUUACAGGAAGCUGCUUUAUCAACUUUCGGAGAACAUCACCGAAAAUGAUUUGAAAUCCAUCAAAUUUAUUUUGACCAAAGAUCUCCAACGUGCACGACUGGAGCCGAAUGUUUCUACACUUGAGGUCUUCUUAGCCUUGGAGCGUAAGGACCUCCUGAGCAGCUCUGACCUCCGUCUGCUGGAGCAGAUCCUGGGACAAGUCUGUCCAGUGUUGCUGAAAGACAUCCAGCAAUUUAAAGCCACACAUGGGGAACAAACUCCCCAUUUGAAAGGAAGAAUAGCCCAAGAGACGGGACUCGACGACCUCCCACCGCGGUCUUCAUCCGGUAUCUCUGGCCAUGGAACGACUACAACAUCGCUGCUGGAGGGACCCCCCUCAGAAGAGAUACCAGCGUCUGGCCACGUUGAAGACCCAUAUCUUCGUCAGAACUUGCGUCUGGACUUGGAGCAGUUGUCCUCCCUCCAGCUCUCCGACACACAGACGGAGAAUGAGAGCCAUAUGCAUGCAGCGUCCUCCACUGAAACCCUGUCCUCCAGUGAAACCAACAGUGGAGAGUGUCAUCCCCAACUCCCCCAAGCAGCAGAGGAAGACGAAGAGGAUCAGACGGUUCUCCCGGCAUAUCCCAUGUCGGGUCAAAAGAGAGGCAUCUGCUGGAUCGUCAACAACUUUGACUUCAGCCGUUCCCCUGGAACCCAAAGUAAGCGGAUGGGGACACAGAUUGAUGAAGAGAGCCUGAGGCAUGUGUUCACCUGGCUGGGCUUCCAGGUGGAGGUGGUGCAGGACGCCACCAGAGACCAGAUGCUCUCCUCCAUGCGGGAGCUGGCCAGCAGGGACCACAGUGGGAUGGACUGCGUGGCUUGCGUGGUCCUGAGCCACGGCCUGGAGGGUGGCGUGUACGGGGUGGACGGGGGGGUGGUCCGGCUGGAGGAGCUCCAGGAGCCUCUGAAUGGGCGGCGGUGCGCCUACCUGAGAGGGAAGCCCAAGCUGUUCUUCAUCCAGGCCUGCCAGGGCACCCAGGAGCAGCAGGCGGUCUCCGUCCAGGCCGAUGGACCCGGCGGCCAUGUGGACAUCUUCCGCGACGCCGCGGUCCCAGCGAGUGAGUUGUUAACCUGCAGAGAAGAUUUCCUGACCGGCAUGGCAACCGUUCCCUCCUACGUCUCUCUGAGACACCAGAAGCAAGGCUCCUGGUUCAUCCAGUCCUUGUGCCACAACCUUGUGCAGAUGGUUCCCCGUGGCCAAGACUUAGUCAGUAUUCUGACGAAGGUAAACGACGACGUGAGCCAGAUGUUCGACCCCACCAGCAGGCGGAGACAGAUGCCCCAACCUGCUAUCUUUCUGCGGAAGCGCGUGGUCUUCCCCGUUCCUGAAGGCCCUCUUCCCAGUCUGCCCACCAGCCUGUAGCUUCCUGGGCUUGGUUCCAAUUGGUCCAGUUGGGCCCUAUAUAGUUCAAUACUUAUGAUGUCCCCAUAUUGUAAAGUGGUCCAAAAUGUGAGUGUACAAAUCUGGUUCCCCAUAGUGCAUAACUCAAUACUCAUAAUGCACUGUAAAAGAAGUGUACAACUGAUGCACCCUAAUUUCCAUACUAUAUCCUAUGAUGAAAGGCGGUUUUCAUUGUCAUCUGGAUCAUCCAAUAGAGAUUGUCCGGCGCCUACGGCUUCUCCCUACCGGGCCGAGCCGCGGUGCUGGGACUCGCCCUCCGCCCGCCUGCUGAAGGUGCACUUUGCGCGGGUCGCGGACCCCGUGCCUGCCUUCUGGGACCUGAUGGUGUUCCUCAAGGCGUCGGACAACCGGAAAUGCACUACCCUCUUCUGGGACCUGGCACAAGUCUUCUGGGACAUUUACGAGGACUGCGUCCUGGCCAGGAAACACUGAUUGCGGUAGCAGAAAUUGCCAUAUGGCCGCAUCACCUCUAUGCCGUCCAUUUGCGAGCGGUCCAUAUAAGCUGUGAACGCGGCUCAUGCCAGGGGCACUAGACCCCUUUACUGGGGCACGUGCCCCAGUGUGGAUCUGCUGUUCCCCAGUCAAAUCUCUCCUUCAAGUUUGAACAAGCUCCUUUGUUUGGCAGGGGAUUAAUUAAGGUUGAUAAUGCAGGGAAUGGAGAAUGUUUUCCUAAUCGACGAUGUCAAAGCAGUGCUGUUAAAUGCUUAAUACAAGCUGAGAGAACGACGGGACCAAAGUAAUCACUCAUUUGUGUGCCGGGCCGGCUCCCCACUUGGCUGAGGGGCAGGAUGGGACAGGACAGGUUUCAUCGCUUGAGAGGGAAGCACUUUGCCCCUUGAGUCCCAGUCAAGUGAUUGACCACUUUGCCAAAAAAAUAGACGUACUGCUUAAUGCCCAAAGAAUUAAACCGACCUUGGACCUGUGGACAUGAGCGGCACUAUCCAACUGUUGGGGAAGACUUUGUUUACUUUUAAUUAGGAAAUAAUUGUUUAUUUGAAUGAUUUGUUGUUCUGAAAUUAUUUUUAUUAAUUAUUAUUGCGCAAUGGAGAAGAAUACAAAUCUGCAAUAGUUCAAUAACUUAAUUCGGGUUUUGCUAUUGUUUUAAUAUCACUUAUGGGUUAUGGCUAUAAGCAUGUCCAUAAAGUAUGAUGAAAUAAAUAUAUUCACACAAAAAUUAACAUCUAA